AUGAAGGUGGCAGACACAGCCUACUACGACCUGCUGGAGGUGCAGGUGGACGCCUCGGACGCGGAAAUCAAAAAGGCGUACCGAAAAAUGGCGAUUCGACACCAUCCCGACAAGAACCCCGACGACCCGACCGCCAACGAGCGAUUUCAGGCGAUUGGCGAGGCGUACCAGGUGCUGUCGGACAAGGACCUACGACAGCAGUACAACGAGCACGGCAAGGACUACGCGGUGCCGGCCGAGGGCUUUGCGGACCCGGCCGAGUUCUUCACGAUGAUUUUCGGAGGCCAGCUGUUCAACGACUGGAUUGGCGAGCUGUCUCUGCUCAAGGACAUACAGAAGAGCAUGGAGAUGCAGGAGGAGGCCGAGACCGAGGAGGGAGCCGAGGGAGCCGGUGCUGGUGCUGGUGCUGGUGCUGGAGGCGCGGCUGCUGGAGGCGCGGCUGCAGGGGCUUCUGCAAGUCCCGGCGGAGUCAACCACUCCACUGCGUCGCUGACAGAGCAUGCUCACGAGGACAAGACCGGCCCCGUCCAUCCUCCCGGAUCUGCGGCGGAGGCGCUGGCUCGAGAAAAGGAGCUGCGAAAGAAGAGACGGGCCCAGACCGAGGCUGCUCGGGCCAAGCGGCUCGAGUUCGAAAAGGAGCGUCAGGAGGCCCGAAAGGAGCGAAUCAAGAUGCUUGAGAAGAAGCUCAUUGAGCGAAUGUCCGUGUGGACCGAGACCGACAAGACCGACGACCUCACCCGGUCUUUCCAGGAGAAGAUCCGUCUGGAGGCCAACGAGCUCAAGAUGGAGUCCUUUGGCGUGGAGCUCGUACACGCCAUUGGCCAGGUCUACCUGACCAAGGGAUCCAUGUACCUCAAGUCGCAGAAGCUGUUUGGAUUCAUCCCCGGCUUCUUUGGCAAGCUCAGAGAGAAGGGUACUUCUGCCAAGGAGACCUGGAACACCAUUUCGGCCGCCAUCGAGGUCCAGGGUACCGCCAAGGAGAUGGCUGCUGCCGAGGAGGCCGGUGGAGACGACUGGACCGACGAGACCAAGGCCGCCAUGGAGCGUCUGCUGAUCGGAAAGACCCUGGCGGUCGCAUGGAGCGGCGCCAAGGGAGAGGUGCUUGACGUGCUCCGGGAGGUGUGUGAGAACAUUCUCUACGACAAGAAGGUGCCUCAGGCCAAGCGCCAGGAGCGUGCCCAGGCCCUGGUGCUCAUGGGCUCCAUUCUCAAGCAGACGGAGCGAUCCAAGGCCGAGCAGGAGGAGGUCAAGGUGUUUGAGGAACUCAUGGCCGAGGCGCAGGUCAAGAAGGCCAAGAAGCGGGAGCGAAAGCACGGCAUUCAUAUUCCCAUCAUUGGCCACAGACGAGAGGGCAGUGGGGUCAGCCAGACUGCUGGAGCCACUCCGGGCUCUCCAGGUGUGCAUGUGACUCCGGAGAAGGCCACCGCUUAG